GCUGCUGCAUCAAUGCCCCUGGGCAGAUAAUCACGUUGCCAACAGGACGAAAAUCUUGGAAAAGACAGAAGUCGGAUUGCGACGUCUUCCUGCACCUUAAGUACACCAGCAGGGUGAUGGAACCUCUUUCCAUCAGGAAAAUGGUCAAUGAGGUUAUGGCGAGGAUAGUCGGAGAUGACACGGCAAUGUGGCUGGAGCGCACGAUGAUAAGAUGGACUUACAACGCCAGUAUCGCGUCCAGACUCUGCAGAUCCGCGGAGGUGUUCUGCGACUUCGACGUGGCGCAAUGGAUGGAUGCCUAUGAUCCGGAGUUGUGCCCAUGCAGAUCGCACAGAUACGCAGACAUGCGCAACCCUGCCUCCUUGAAUCUACUCCAGUCUGAAGGGCACACGCACGUGAUCCCGCUCGACUCAUCGAUCACAGACAACACUCUACUGCAGGGUAUCAUGAACUCAGGACUGAACCACAUCCCCUGCAUGGCCCUGGAUGUCAACGUGGCGGAAAACGAGAUGGGCGAUUUCCUGGAUCGGCUCAUGGCGAGGGUGUUGGAACUGCGGCAGCUCACAGCGUCCUCACAGUCGUUUCUACGGAAUGUGAUUUUGAGGAAGGCGAGGGUGAAGAUGUCCAAAUACAAGGAGCAACACAGGCACGUUUCUGCGGAGCCAUUCGAGCAUCCUGCAGUAAAACGAGAGCUGGAAUUUCUUGUUGGGCGCUUUCUCAUCUGUCCUACCGACAAGGCGUCGAACACCCCGGCGUUCGUUUGUAAGAACUUUAUCCGAAAGCUCGCCUUCCAGAGGCUAUCUGGACCGGAGUUUGCGAGCAUCGCUGCCCCCUUUAAUGCGGUGGUUGCACGGAUACAACGCGAGCUCUCGGCCUUCUCAGCACUACCAAUGGCACCUUCGACGCUCCCGUACCUGAUGGCGGUUUUCAAGGCUCACAAUGGCGCAUUCCGAUGGAUCACAAACACAGCCGGCACGAUCAUCUCACCGGCGGCGGACCUCUGUGCAUGCCUCCUGCGAUUCCUUCUUCCCCUGGUACUGACAUUCUGUCAGGAGAGAAGCCUGGAGAUGCAGGAGCAGUAUGGGGUGAAGCCAAACCUCUGGUGGUCCAUUGCCUCGGUGGGGGAAUUCUGUGCAAACCUACCGGAAAGAAUCUUCUCGGUUUUCACAGUGGACAUCACCAAGUGCCUCGAAACAAUCCCCACGGACAACUCAGUGGACGGCCUACCUGCGGCGGUGAGAUUCUACGUGCAGAGUGCGAUGCAGGUGAGGAGAGAGAGGAGCUCAUGCCACACUAUUCAGAUCACAGUGGGAGACAACGGCAAGUCCUGGCCUUCAUGGUUGGAUGCCAAUCUGGCCGAAGUGAUGGGCACGAUGCUAUUCAGGGAGAAGGACAUCUGCCGGCUUUCUGAUUGGUGCAUCGCCAAUAGCGUGCUGCGCAUGGGGGACUAUGUGUGGAGGCAGGUAAGAGGAAUCCAUAUGGGCCUAGCGUGUUCCUCAAUCUGGUGUGAUAUAUACUUUUUUAAGUAUGAAUAUCACGCCAUGAUGAGAUUGGCGUACACUGGCAACGCCCAUCUGGUCCCGCACUUUGCGGACACCUUCAGAUACAUCGAUGACCUGAGCGCAAUCAACAACACCAUCAUCAGGAGCUUUAUGAAAGUGGACAGAGCGGUGGAUGACCCUUGAUGGAUCUAUCCCACGGAGUACAUCGAGCUGAAGGAGAAUACGGAGGUGGUCAUGGACGGAUGCGGUCGCAGGGCCAACUCUCUCAACCUGACCAUUGCGGUCACAUCCCCGGAAGCUGGCACAUUCAUCACCACCAAGCAUGACGAGCGGGAGGGGUUGGGGUUCACCCCAUGCAGGUUCAUCAAGUACAAGUCCAACACAUGCACCAAGCAGGCGCUGUAGGUCAUCAGAGCCCAGGUUGCGCAAAUCCUACUGCUCUGCUCCGAGCCAAGUGAUGCGGCCACGGAAAUCAACAAAGUUGUAACUACGAU